CUCCAGACAAUGGAGAUUACAUCCCAACAAGCUCAGGAGCACAUCGAACUACGUCACAGUACCCCACCGAAGGCUCAAGGUAGCAUUUUUCGAAGCCGCAGCAAGCGCUUGUCGCGGAACGGACCUCAAGUAUUACACCAAGCAUCCCCACUCGUCACUCAAGAGAUCGUGAAGAAUGAGAAAGCGCAGCCUCCUGUUGUCGCUACCGGCACUUCCUCUUCGCCACCCACCUCCGUUCACAAGGUUGAUGGCGUCACUUCACAGCACGCCCGUAGGAUGCUUUCGUGCCCACCAGAGAAUCCUCCUGUCUCUAAGCCAUCCCCACGAGAUCUUCCCAGUGACACCUUUGAUGUCUCCACGUCGUCAACCUUCGGUGAUGGUGGCGUGGACUUACUCUUGGAACCGAGCGAGAACGUAAUAGGAGAAGGCAAUGGGUUAGCUACCCUCUACUCGAUGCUUUCAGUGGUCCGCAUGUACGCUCCUAGUCCCAUUCGCAGCCCUCCGGAAAUUCAGCCUCGACGUCGCAAUGUGGAUCCCUUCAAGAUUCCAGUCCAUCCCGAUGACGUGGCAAAAAACGGACGGCGUCGCUGUGAGACAAACCUGGUCGCUAUUUCAUCUUUGACACGAUCUCGUCGUCUUUUUCUUUUCUUUUGAUCGUUCUCUCUGGUUUUCUUUUUCUUCUCUUCUGAGAACGACAAGCCUUAUUCCUUUUCUUUUCGUUUCGUUUCUUCUUUUCUUCUCAGGAGACAGCAGACAGGUCAAAACAACAAAAAUAGGUGGGAUCGACGGUAUGCUUGGGGUUAUGGCUUCGUACGCCUUUUAUUCUUUUAUUCCUUAGAUAAGUACCAAAAACAGGGAGGGUCGCGGCCGCGCGCGGUAGUGCAUAUUUUAAUUUUAUUCGUAUUGG